UUUUAAGGUCUUAUCGCUGACAGUCGCACCUACUUGUGCCUUAUAUGGUGCUGCUCUUUCGCUUUCGCUUUUAGCUCUUGAGAAACAUUGCAGGUUAUGCACAUUUGAGUCACAAAUUAGACCUACAUCUAGAAGAGAAGAAUUCCGGAAACAUUUUGUCAGCAGCAGCUGUACUCCUACUUAAACCCACCGACCCGCUUCGAUAACUUCAAUGCAUAAGUGAUCGUGAGAUCUUCCACUACACCACCAGGAUCCACAUGGCUUUGGCGAACGAUCACCUCCGUCGGGUGGUCAAUGAGAUAGCGGGGUCGCUCAGCUCUAGUGAGUGCAGGAGGCUCUUCUACUUGUGCGGAAGUUUGGACACAGACAACAGCGUGACCUCUGUGAGAGACAUGUUGAAAUCUCAGCUGGUGAGCGGUCAGAUGGAUGGCUUGCUUCUGACAGAGCUCAUGUUUGACUUGAGACGUUUUGACAUCCUGAGAAAGGUGUUAGGAACCAGCAAGGAUGAGGUGGAGAGGAGUCUGAGACAGAGGCAUGCGUUGUCAAGAUACAGGGUACUGAUGGCUGAUUUAAGUGAGGACAUGACCAAUGAAGAUUUGAACAAUGUGAAAUUUCUGUUAAGUAGCAAAUUGUCUCGAGAGAAGCAGGACAAAGCCAAGAAUUUCCUUGAUGUGGUUGUUGAACUUGAGAAGCUGGAUGAAGUUUCAUCUGAAAGGGUGGACUCUGUGGAGCAGUGUCUGCGAAAUAUUGGCAGGAUUGACCUGGCCAAAAAAGUGAAUAUGUACAAGAACUCAGUGUGCAGAGGGGGAGCAGCUCAGCAAUCAUCACUUGUUCCUCAUCAAAUAAAGGAGCAGCAGAGUCGCAGAAUUCCUUUUUCAUCACCCACCCCAAGUUGCUCCUAUGCUUCACACCAACCAAGGCAAAGACAGCCCCACCACACUGUCACAGGAAACAUCCCAGUGGCUGUGAGGAGAAUGCAGAACUGUCAGAGCUCGCUGGAGUCUUACCAACUUCAUAGCAGUCCCAGAGGGGUAUGCGUCAUCAUUGACUGUGUUGGCAAUGACGGAGACAUGAUUGAAGACAUGUUCAAGGGUCUCCAUUUCACAGUGGUCCUCCACAAGUGGUUGGGUGUGGAUGACACACUCUCAGCUCUCCGAGGGAUUUUUAGACAGAGGGAGAACCACGAAGCCGGUGCUUUUGUCUGCUGCAUCAUUAGCCGGGGCACUGAAACCGAUCUCCUGGCUACAGACAUGCACAACACGGGACUGCGCCUGGACACAAUCAGGCACCUUUUCACUGCCGAGUCCUGCCCCAUGCUGGCCGGCAAGCCCAAACUCUUCUUCAUCCAGAGGUACAGUGUCCCCAAUGUCCAGGCCUAUAACAGGACAGCUCACAGGGAUGAGGAUCUGGAGACAGAUGGGUGCGAUGGGCUCGCAAGAUGCGAGUUUGUUCCCACAGAUGCUGACAUGUUCUGGAGUCACUGCUGGACGGAUGAGCGCCAGCUGGAGCAAGGGCAUCAUCGCUCUGUGUACCUGCAGGUGCUGAGAGAUGCUCUGCAGAAUGGCCAGAAGAGGAAAACCCACCUUGUUGAUAUUCAUACGGAAGUGAAUGGUAUGAUCUACGAACACAACAAGAGGAAUCCCGGAGCAAGAUACUACAUUGAUCUGAAACAUACUCUUAGAAAGAAUCUCUACCUGCAAUAGGAGGACUUUAUCACUUUGACUGAAGCUUUCAUUACUGUCACUUAGCCAUACAGUGCAGUCUUUGGUAUAGUGCAAUUUUACCCUCCGAAGGAGUUUUAUUUCUGUGUUUAGUGUGACCUCUACUGGUCUUACUGACGACUAACACUCAAACCUUAUU